CACAUUGUGGCUACCGACGCGCGGUAUACCUGUGGUAAUUAUAUCGGUGUCACAUGACUAAACAAGUUUGUACAAGUCAGAAAGUCAGAGUUUGUAAUGGCCGACAGCUUGGUGAGUUUUUCAUUUUCUCGAUUCUUAUGUCGUUUGUUAUUCGCACUUAUAGCUGUAAUUUUAUUGUAGAAAACCGCUAGAAGCUACAUUGUAGAAGGAGCUGCCAGGUUCCGGAAGUUAAUAAGUGUGUUAUUCAAGCAUCGGAAUAAAUCGUUGUGUUUAUAAUCGGUUGUCGUCGUGGUUUAUGAGCCCCAUCGCCUCGCGGGCCUGCGCGAGGAGGUGACAGUUUUCAAGCUAUAGAGUCAAGUCGUCAAGCUAGUCUGAGGAUUUGGAGCUAGUUCGACGAGAAGGAAGUAUUUACGGUGAUACAGAAGGAUUUGUGGCGUGAUUUGUGGCCAUAACAAGAGUGAAUAUUGGAUUUUAUUGUGUGAACGUUUCGGUUACGAGUGGAGCAAAUACGGAUUUCGCAAUGUCAGCUCGGUCUUGUCCUGCAGGUUUAGGAGCUCGAUCGAGGAGGUAUAAUACUCGAAGAAUUCGAGGAGAAGACAUGGAAGAGAGGAUUGUCAGUUUAAAGCGUUCGAGGUCGGGUUACCUCGGCAGUUUGAGAAGGUUUCGAAAGGAAAUCGAAGAAUUGAUGUACAAGGGAAACAAGAAUGAAGUUAGCCGCAAACUUCAGUCUUACCACAACACGUGGGUGAAAUUCGUGCGUGUUCACUCCGAUCUUAUGGACUUAAUGGAUGAAGGGGAAGAGAAAAUGGAGGCCCAAAGAGUUUAUGACAUGGAACUCACGCUGAAACUCGAACUUUACUCUGCUAUUGACGAACAGGAUAUGCAGGAUAUUGAAAGUGGAUCUCAGGUUUCUGAGAGACACACGAAGUCAAGGGUGAGUGAUAGAGAAAGCAGAUCACAUGUUUCUAGUAGACAUAGUUCAAGAUAUUCAAGAUCAAGUGUUAAGAGUGUUGCUGCCUUAGAGGAGAGAGCAGCAUUGAGUAAAUUAGAUCUGGGACAUUUACGGAAAAAACAGCAGCUCAAUAGAAAAUUUGAUGAGUUAAAAUAUGCUCAUGAACUUUUGGAAGCUGAAGUAAAAUGUGAAAAGGCUCAAACAAGCUACAUGAUUUAUAAGAAGGAAAGGGAAGACUUGAAUGUGGAUCAGAGUAAUAAGUCUGCUGUGUCAGAGGAUGUAUGUGAUGUUUUCAAGGCUCAAUCUGAAAACAAAAUUGAGCAGCAUGCACCUAUUGGAAAUGUGAGUACAAACCCUACUGUGAAAUUAACAGAGGAAAUUGUUGUUAAUAAGGAGCUAAUGGUGGAGCCUUGUAUUGGAAAUAAUAACAAUGUAUCGUCUAGUGCUGGAUUAAAGGAAUCCUGUGUGUCUGUUUGUUUAUCAUCGGAGUUAAGUGUUGACAAGAGUCAUGAGAGUGAAAGGGUGAAUCGGGAGAUUAGUAGCCAUGUGCGGGGUGGUGAAGAAACAAUGCUGAACAAUGGAACAAAGGAAGCCCAAGCUGGGUUGAAUUUACCUGGCUCACAACCAUCAACUAACAGCAACAAUGGAUUAUUUGAUAGUGGAGAACAUGUGGCUAGAGUACUGUCUCAGGCAAUGAGUACCCCAAGGAUUGAAUACAUGCACUUUGACGGUAAUCCCAUAAACUAUGUUUCAUUUAUGCAUAACUUUGAGACAUGCCUCGAGAGCCUAACUAGUGAUAAUUCUAGGAAAUUACAGUACUUAAUACAACAUUGCACAGGCAAGGCAAGGGAUGCAAUUGAAAGUUGUGUGAACUUGCCUACUUCGGAGGGCUAUAAUACAGCAAAGAACACCUUGAAGGAGAAUUUUGGACUUCCGCACAUUAUUGCUAAGGCACACCUGAAAAGGUUACAAGACCUCCCGCCAUUGCGGAACGGUGGAGGGCCAGCUUUACUGGAAUUUUCUAGACACCUUGAAGUAGCUCACCGCACAUUGUCAGGCAUGGGAAGCGAUUAUGUUAGUGAAUUAAAUUACACAAGUACUCUUAGAGAACUAAACAACAAGCUACCAUAUUUCAUGAAGGGAAAAUGGACCGAACGUGCGGGCAGGAUUAUUGAAUCAGGGUCAAGGCCUAAUUUUUCGGAUUUCUUGAAGUUUAUCAAGGAAAGAGCCAAACUUGUGAACAAUGAGUUUGGGGAAGAUCUUGUGUCUGCCAGCUCUCAGAGGGGUAAGAAAAGGAAUGACAGUGAUAAGAAACAAACCCCUAGGUCAAGCAUGGCAACUGGAGUGACCCCACCCCAGAAUAGUGAACAGAGACAACAGAGGGGACAGGGGAAUGCAAGCUGGAAGUGUGUGAUUUGUUCUGGACCUCAUGGAUUAUGGAAGUGUGCACAGUUUAAGGAACUGAACAGUGAAGAGAGAAACAAAUUAAUCUUGUCUAAUAGAUUAUGUUUUAAGUGUUUAAGUGGAGGGCAUUUUAGGGACACAUGUCCUAAGACAACCUUUAAGUGCCAAGUGAAAGGUUGUGGUAAAGAACACCAUACUUUACUACAUUUUUCGGUACAAGAAAGAAGGGAUAACACGGUUGACAACAAGAUUGACAAGUCACCCGGACAAGCUAGACCUAACGCAUCGGCACCAGAAACAACAGGUGUUAAUGCGGGUAGUACAAGUGUAGCCUCAGUUUCUGUCGCAACUGGGGCCGGUGAGCGCAGAGUGUGCCUGGGUGUCAUUCCGGUCAAGGUCAAGGUGAAAGGAGAUGACAGGGUAUUGGAGACUUAUGCAUUGCUAGAUAGUGGCAGUGAAGUGUCAUUGUGUAAGGAACAAUUGUUUACUGACCUUGGAUGUGAUGGCAUUGCCAUGAACUUUGAACUAGCUGGUGUAACGGGAACGAGGAAACUCAAAGGUCACAUGAUUGAUCUCGUAGUAAUGUCACAAGAUGGAAUGGUAGAAAGUGAGUUGUUAAAUGUCAGGACAGUGAAGGAAAUUCCUGUAUCUUCUAGUUGUAUACCAAGGAAGGAAGAUGUUGAACAAUUUACUCAUUUGAGGAGCAUUAACUUGCAAGAAUGCGGUGCGUCAGAAGUUGGACUCAUUAUUGGACUUAAGGAAAAUCCAUUGCUGUUUGUACCACUAGAAUACAAGGCUGGUAACGAUGGAGAACCGGUCGGUGUGAGAUAUUCUCUUGGAUGGACGGUGAUGGGUCCCAUGUGCGGAAAAAGGGACAGUGACCAGUGCUCGGUUAACCUUAUUAAUGUAGCGAAUAAGCAAUUUCCUGAAGAACUUUAUAAUGAGGAAUCAUGUCUUGUAGCACAUACCCACCCGGAAGAUACCAAGCUUGCUGAGCAUGAUGGUACAGGUGCACCACAGCAUUGUUCGUUUAAGGACAAUGUCUCUAGAACUGCUAAGCUCAAGACUGCGGAUUUAGAAAUAGAGAAGGAGAUUGAUAAGGAGGUAUUGCAGCAACAAUUAGAAAGACUCUGGCAAACUGACUUUGCGGAUUCAGUUGUCAGUUCAAACGUCUGUCCUUCUAUUGAAAAUAAGCGUGCACUAGAGAUAAUGGAAGAUACACUAGAGAUAGUCGACGGGCACUAUCAGGUAGCACUUCCUUGGAGGAGAGACCCGCCCUAUUUACCAUAUAACAAGAUUAUGGCGGAAAGAAGGUGCUGUCUUCUGAAGAAGAGAUUUCUUAGAGACGGUGUUCUGUUUGAUAAGUAUAAGGAGACAAUGAAUGAUUACAUCGAGCGAGGUCAUGCAGAGAAGGUACCGGCUGAAGAGUUGGCGCGAAGUGAUGGGCGGUUGUGGUACUUAAGCCACCACCCAGUGACACACCCAUUGAAGAAGGAUAAAGUGCGAAUUGUUUUUGACUGUGCAGCAAAGUAUGGAGGAACUUCGUUAAAUGAACAAUUGUUACAAGGACCGGACUUGACAAACAAUCUUGUUGCAGUAUUAAGUCGUUUUCGGGAGGAGAAGAUCGGAUUAGUCGCGGAUGUGGAGUCAAUGUUUCAUCAGGUACGGGUGAAUCCAAGGGACUGUGAUGCAUUAAGGUUUUUAUGGUGGCCCAACUCUGAUUUAUCUGGAGAGUUGGAGGAGUACAGGAUGGUGAAACACUUGUUCGGUGCGACAUCGUCACCAAGUGUAGUGAACUAUUGUUUGAAGAAGACAAUAGAACUUAAGGAUAACACCAACCCGGAAGUGUCUGACGCAAUAGUUAGAAAUAUGUAUGUGGAUGAUCUUAUGAAGUCUACGGAUACGACUGAGAAUGCAGUUAAACUUGUAAGUGAUAUCAGAGAAGUGUUGGAAAAGGGAGGGUUCAACUUGACCAAGUGGUGCAGUAAAGACAAGGAUGUGAUUGCAUCGGUACCAGAGAAGCAUCAAGCCAAGUCAAUGUUGAACGAGCUAGAGCGGCCGACGACUUCGACACUCGGUUUGAAGUGGAAUGUGGAAGAUGAUCAAUUUGUAUGGGAUGUUGCGGACAGCAACAGACGUGCAAAGGAGAAACCUGCAACCAAGCGGAGUGUAUUAUCAAUUGUCUACUCUUUGUUUGAUCCUCUUGGAUUUAUUGCACCCUAUACCAUGAAAGGAAAGCUGCUUCUACAAGUGUUGACCAGAAAGCAAGUUGGAUGGGAUGAUCCCAUGAACCCAGAUGAUUCUGCCCAGUGGAUGCGGUGGGUGGAAGAUCUUCCCAAGCUAGAAGAGGUGAAGGUUGAUCGAUGUUUUAAGCCGAAAGAUUUCAAGGAACUCAAAGACGCUCAACUACAUGUGUUCUCGGAUGCAUCAAGGCAAGGUUAUUCAGCGGUGGCUUACUUACGACUAGAAGAUGUAGAGGGUCGUAAACAUUGCUCAUUUGUCAUGGGGAAGGCACGACUAGCUCCCCUGCGAGAGAUCUCUAUUCCAAGACUAGAACUAACCGCUGCUGUUAUUUCGGUAAAGUUGAGUAAGAUUAUCCGGGAAGAGCUGGAUCUUAAGGUAAACAAAGUGAACUAUUGGACUGAUUCAAUGUCGGUGCUUAAGUGCAUUAACAAUGAAACGAAGAGGUUUCACACCUUUGAGUCCAAUCGUUUGACAAUUAUACAUGAUGGUUCCAAUGCAGGAGAAUGGCGGUAUGUGAAUAGGGAUGACAACCCAGCUGAUGAUGGCUCAAAGGGACUCAAGAUGGACACUCUAAUCAGGAACGAUCGGUGGCUGAAGGGACCGAGCUUCCUAUUGGAGGACGAUGCAGACUGGCCUAAGGUGAUCACAAUUCCUGAGAUUACGGACGAUGACCCAGAAGUCAGAAAGGAAGCACAAGUGUAUGUGACAUGUGAGGAGAAACGGAGAAAUGUUAUUAAUGACAUCAUCAUGUACCACUCUUCGUGGCAGAAGUUGAAGUUAUCGAUCGCCUGGUUAUUGCGAUACAAGCAAUUCUUAAGGAGUAAGGUGUUGCAACGCAAGGAAGCCCAAGGUGAGCAUGAGAAGAGGGACGUCGGAGGAUUAAUGACGGUUGAGGAGUUGCAAGAGGCAGAGUGCAUAAUUCUGCGGCAUGUUCAACGAGAAGAAUUCCCUGACGAGAGAUUGCAUGAGAAAUCUGACAAGUCAAUCAGUAAGUUAUGUCCGCAGAAAGAAAACGGACUGAUACGUGUCGGAGGACGGAUCGGGAAGGCACAGGUUGACUACGAGUUGCGACAUCCUAUAAUACUACCCUACAAGAAUCAUGUUACAGACCUGAUUAUUAUGGAUCAUCAUCAGAGUGUUGGACAUAUGGGUCAAGAGUCAGUUUUGUCGUCUCUGAGAAACGAGUAUUGGGUAAUAAAGGGACGAUCUGCAGUUCGUCGAGUGAUUGGCAAGUGUCUUAAGUGUCAGAGAAGAAGAGCAAAGCCAAUGGAGCAAUUCAUGGCAGACCUUCCGGCUAUGCGAGUUGCAGCUGAGGAGCCACCCUUCACUUACGUAGGGGUCGAUUACUUUGGCCCAAUGGAGGUCAAGGUCGGAAGGUCAAAGGUUAAGAGGUAUGGAUGUUUGUUUUCGUGCCUCAGCAUGAGAGCUGUGCAUGUUGAGAUAACGCAUUCAAUGGACACGGACUCCAUGAUUAACGCCCUGCGACGGUUUAUCAGUCUUAGAGGAUAUCCUAAAGAGAUCCAUAGUGAUAAUGGUACAAAUUUUACGAAGGCAGAUAAGGAGCUAAAGCAAGCCCUCGAAGAAUGGGAUCUCGAGAGGAUCAACAGGUUUUGUAUCCAAGGGCGGAUUAAGUGGAGCUUUAUCCCACCUGCGGCAAGCCACAUGGGUGGUGCAUGGGAAAGGAUGGUACAGACUACCAAGCGUGUGUUGAAGUCGCUGUUGAAUGAACAAAUAGUUUCCGAUGAGGUGCUUCUCACGGUAAUGGCGGAGACCGUGAACAUCAUCAAUAGCAGACCACUGACACGUAACAGUGAUGAUAUCGAGGAUGAGAUGCCCCUAACUCCCAACCAUUUGCUUCACUUGAGACCAACGCCUAGUGUGCCACCAGGCGUAUUUGGAAAGGAAGAUAUGUAUUGUAGGCGAGCCUGGAGACAAGCCCAAUAUCUGAGCAACAGAUUUUGGCGUCGGUGGACAAGUGAAUAUCUCCCAACGCUGAUGGAGAGAACGAAGUGGACUACUGUCAGAGAAAACCUCAAGGAAGGUGAUGUAGUUCUUUUGGCUGAUGAGAACUUUCGGAGAGGCGAAUGGCCACUUGCACGUGUGAUGGAAGUCCUACCAAGUAGUGAUGGCCGUGUGCGCAGCGCCAUGGUGAAGACGGUAUCUACUGUCGCGACGCGAGCGAAAAGACGGAGGCGAGGAGAUGUUCAAGUGAGCAGCACUAUACUUACGCGACCGGUGACGCGUCUCUGUAAAUUGGAGAUGGAUAACUAG